AUGCAAGCGGCAAAAUACGGUUUGAAAUAUUACGUUAACGAAAUGAAAGAACGCGCCCGCGGUGUAGAGUUGCCGAGGGAUCCGGCACUCGUCCGGUGUUGUCUUCACCGGCAAAGUGGCUCGCGUGUUAUUUACGCGCCGCACGCGAUACUCGCCCUUAUGGGACUCGCGAAACGCCCUAAAAUUGUGCGCGUCCGUAAUGGUGCUUAG